AUGAGAAUUACACUAAUUCCCUUUUUGUUUCUCCUGGCUGCUGCCUGUGUCCCUACUCUCUGUGGCAAAGAGGAGCAGCCUGUCAUCCAGCCUGAGGCCCCAGCUGAAUAUCGUUCCCACUUUGCUGCUCUGGAUGAUGUGCGUCUUCUGGGAAACGGCCUCCUCCAGCUGGGUCAGAGCCUGCAGGAGUUUGUGCAGAAGACAAAGGGACAGAUAAACGACAUCCUCCAGAAGCUCAACAUUUUUGACCACUCGUUUUACCAGCUGUCAGUGCUCGCCAGUGAAAUUAAAGAGGAGGAAGAGGAGCUGAAGAAGACCACUGUGGUACUGAAGGCCAACAAUGAAGAGAUCAAGGGCCUGUCUGUUGAGAUCAGCUCCAAAGUGGACAGCAUCUUACUGGAGAAGAGUCGCCUGCAGAACAAGGUGGAAGGCCUGGAGGAGAAGCUGAGCAGUCUGUCACAUGGCCUGGUGAUGAGGGAACAAGUGGCAGAGAUCAAUGGCCUUAGGGGGGUGGUCCACAGCCAGGAGCAGAGCAUCAUAGAGCUGCUGAAGGCUGUGAGGGAGCAGAGCGACCAGCUCAACAACCAGAGGGUUAAGAUCAGGAUUCUGGAGGAAAAGCUAACAGCCAACACAUUGACCCAAGAGACCAUUGAGAGGAUGCCUGAAAUCUUCAAAAGUGAAGCACCAACACUCACCCCUUAUCUGACCUCUAGUUCUACCAGCACCACCGAAAUGAUGAAUCUACCAUUAGACUGCAAUGAGUUGUUCAACAGAGGAGAACGAGUCAGUGGUGUCUAUGCCAUCAGACCCAAUGGAAUGGAGCCCUUCAUGGCCUUUUGUGACAUGAGCAACGACCAUGGAGCAACAGUCAUCCAGCGAAGGAGGGAUGGCUCAGUGAAUUUCGAUCAAAUCUGGGAGAAGUAUGAAAAUGGGUUUGGAGAUUUUCAAGGGGAGUUUUGGCUGGGUCUCAGGAAGAUCCACUCUCUAGCGGCUCAGGGCAACUCUGUCCUUCACAUUCACUUGGAAGACUGGAAACAGGGCAGGCGCUAUAUCGAAUACAGAUUUCACCUUAAUGGUCCAGAGAGCAACUAUGCCAUUCACCUCACACUUUUGUCUGGAGAUUUGCCAGACCCCAUGAUCAACCACACAGGCAUGAUGUUCUCCACCAAGGACAGAGACAAUGAUAAGCACCAGGAGUCCAACUGUGCCCACAACUACACAGGUGGAUGGUGGUUCAACGCCUGCGGAGACGCCAACCUGAACGGGAGAUAUUUCCACAUGAGACCUAAGGGGCGUUCAGAGCGUAGGAGAGGGAUUCAAUGGAAGCUGGGCCAAAAGACUUCUUAUUCCCUCAAGCUCACUCAGAUCUCUGUCUACCCUGUGGCUCCCCCCAGCACCACCUCCACCACUUCAGCUUCCUUUGAGGCAGGUGCCUCUCUCUGAUCCAUUGCCAAUAUUCUCCAGUAAAAUUUUGCAUUAAACAGUGGCCUCUUCAGGACAUAAUUGGCAUUGCUUCAUGUGAGCUGCAUCCAUGAUUUAGGAAGGCAGAGAGGAACUUUUUUCCUCCAUAUGUAUCGACUUCUGGUAGAUUAAAUUCAGUCACACAGGACACAGUGCUGUUGUGUCCUCAAGAGAGAAAGCCAAAAUAAUGUAUUGCUACCUAAUAGGAUAGGACACUUGUGAAUUUAUUGUGUAAUCUAAAAUAUACUAAAAUGCAGUUAGCAUAAACUACAUCUUCACUCACUGUAUCUUAGAGGUCAAAUGUUAUGGAGAACAAAUGAAAACAUACAGCUACAUAGAGUAUAUAUAAUAAGUUUUUAUAUUGGGUCACAUUGACUCUUUGUAUACAGCAGUGGUUCCCAACAUGUGGGGCAGGACUUGCCUUAUUGUUUUGAUGUUGCAUACUUUUUUAAAGUUAGAGACAAAACUGACUCAACAGCGUGUCUGUUUGUCAUGUUCACAGCGAGAGAAUGGAAAACUUGGACAGGAAGAAACUGUGUCCAGAAUUUUUUAAAGUUACUGAUCGGUACAGUCAUGUUUUUGGGUCAUUCUAGAAUCAAUAUGUUUUUUUUUUGUUUGUUUGUUUUUAGUUUGUUAAUUUUUUUU